GCCACAAAUGUUUGGAAAGCUUCGCUGCCAUUGGCUCGGCGCCUCCGUGGGCCCUCACCUCGGGGGUGGGCGGGCCCAGUGAGGAGCGGAGGGCUGAGUGAAGACCCCGCACGCUUCUUUUCUUCUCCCAGUUCCUCGGGGUGUGGGCUCUGUGCAAGCGUCCGCCGGCCGCCUCCGGGGAGAGGGAGAAUUAGGAUUCUGGCCGAGGAGCAGAGCGACCUCUCGGGCGGCUGCGACGACGUCACACCUCCUCGUGGUACGUUGCGGCUUCGCGGAGGCGCGAGUCCGCGCCCUGGACUGGCCGUUCCGAACGGCGAGUCCAGAGCCCGCCGGCACGUUUCACCUCACGCUGGGCGUACGGAGCCCGUAGCGGGCGGUUGUCCUGACGCGGGCGGCUGUCCUGACGCGGGCGGCUGUCCUGACGCGCGCUGCUGCCCUGUCCCGCCUCGCGACUCUUGCGACCUUUUUCAUCGGCUGAGAGUCCCGGGGAGUCGGGGAAGUCUCCAUCGGGACCCGGCGGAAAUAUUCUGUGGAAGGAAGGGAGAAAGGCGAUGGCGGCCCGCAGUUAGUUCGCCGCCUCCGUGAGGGCUGCGCCCCUUCGUAGUGAGCCGAAAACGGGACGGCCGAACGUCCUGGGCAUUCCUUCCGACCCUGGCUCCGGGUGGCCGCUCUAGGAGAUGAAAAAUGGCAAGUCCAGAUCCACCUGGGCAGAAGAUACUAAAAGCUAAAAAGACCAUGCCUACAAGUUGUCGGAAACAAAUACAUACUUUGCAUAAAUCAGGAAAUAUUGAGCUACUGAAAGCAGUAGAUAAGAAUAAUGUACAUGGUGGAAAUCAGCAGUUAAACACUGAUGUCAUACAUAUGAAAAGUCAAAGUUCUGAUAUGAAAAGUUUCUUAUUGGACUUAAGAAGAAAAAGCAUACUCCCUCAGGAAAAGGAAAUGUGUCCUCAAAAUUUAGCAAUAACACUAGAAACAGUAAAGAGCAACUCAAAGAUGAACUUUGUCAAUGAACAAGUUAUUGAUCCAAACAGCGGGCCAAGUGAAACAGAAAAUUCUUGCAAGAAGCUUUAUAUGCAAGACUUAAGUGACUCACAGCAAACUUCGGGUGGUUCUGAACAAAAAACAAAUGAAAAAAGGUUUUCAUUUGAGCAAGUUAAAGUUAAUUUAAAUCUAAAACCAAGCAGCAGUCCAUCUGGUCCAUUGAAUGGUUUAAUUGACAAGUCAGAUUAUAUAUUGGGUAAUUCUGUAGAAAAAGCUUUUAAUGAUAUUGGGAAUGGUAAAGAAAAUAAUCAAGUAGGUCCCAGGCUAGACGUGACCUCACUAUCAGAAUCACAUGUCUCACAGCAGAGUGAAGCCAUUUCAGUUGUAAAUUCAAACUCUCAUCUUAUGUCUAACAAGACUUCUGAUUUGAAAAAAAUUAUUCAGGCCAGGAAAGAUACUAGUGAUAUUUUGAAGACACAAGAAUACAAUCAAACUGAUCUUUCAAACACUAUAGACUGUGGGAAUACAGUCUCAACUUGUCAUUCAUCAUUUGACACUAAUGGCAGCAGCACCUCAAAGAAAAGAGUACUUUCAGGAAACAAAGAAAAUAUUAAGCGCAUGAAAAUUUCAAAUGAAGUUAAUGAGAACAUUUGUAUUGUGGGGAAAGAAAGCUCAUUGUUUGAACAGGUUAAAUGCUUGAUUCAACAGGAAGUCUGCGUUAUAAAUUACAAAGUAUUUGACCAUAAGCUGAAGGAACUAAAUGAGCGAGUUGACAAGACGCAGUGCAGAAAAAAGCACGAAGCAAUAGCUAUCGAACUUCUUAAAAAAAUAUCAAAACUUGAUAAAUGUAUUAAAGCUGCAUUAACACUUCAGAAGAUUGGAUUAGAAUCAAAUAUACCUGCCUGCAAGGUCACAAAAUCAAAGACUGUCAUAUUGAAUAAGAAUCAGGCUGAGAGGGACAACCCAAGUAUGAAAUUGACUUCUUUGAACAUGAAAUCAUCCAAAUCUUCAGAACGUUCUAUUGAUGAAGCAAAGCAAAAGAAUAAUUUGACUUCAGAUUGUGUGGAAGUUGCGUCUGAAAGUAACAAUACUGAUGUUAUGCUGAUUUCUGAGGAAAAUGAUCAUUUGAAAGCUCCAGUAACAAGUACAACAGUCAUCAUGAGUUCAAAGAAGGUUAAUGAUACCACUCAGAAGAAAAGGAAGUUAGUGAGAACCACGAUAGAACAAAAAAAAGAGAUAAUAAUGAAGUAUGAGCUUGGUAGCUGUGUGUCUAAGCUCUCUGCUGAGUACAAAAUGCCUAGAACAACAGUCUCUUCAAUAGUGAAAAAUAAGGAAGCUAUUAAAGGAGCCAGUGUUGCUAGAGGUGUGAAGGCUGUGACUAGGCAAAGGUCACAAACGUUGGAAGAAGUGGAGAAAUUGUUGUACAUUUGGAUUAAUGAAAAACAGUUAGCGGGUGAUAGUAUUUCUGAGGCACUAAUUUGCAAGAAAGCAAAACAAUUGCAUACUGAUCUGUUAAAAGACAAGCCUGGAACAAGUGAUGAGAGCAGUAAAGUGUUUAAAGCCAGUCAUGGAUGGUAUAAUAAAUUUAAAAAGAGGAUCGGCAUUCUUAGUAUGGUGAGGCACGGAGAGACAGCCACCGCCAACAAAAAAGCUGCUGAAACCUUUGUUGGUGAGUUUAGAGACUAUGUAAAGGCUGAGGGUUUUAUUCCCCAACAAGUCUUCAAUUGUGAUGAGACUGGUUUAUUUUGGAAGAAAAUGCCUAAAAGAACCUACAUCACUCAAGAAGAGAAGGCAUUAUUGCCAAGGCAUAAACUCAUGAAGGAUAGACUAACUUUGUUGCUGUGUGGGAAUGCUAGUGGGGAUUUAAAACUUAAGCCUCUACUAGUCUAUCAUAAUGAAAACCCCCAUGUUUUCAAGGGAGAAAAUGUGAUAAAAAGCAAGUUAAGUGUAAUGUGGAGGACCAACAGAAAAGCCUGGGUAACCAGGCAGCUCUUCAUUGAAUGGAUGAAUGAAGUAUUUGGCCCCAGUGUAAAAAAAUAUUUGGAGGAAAAGGAACUACCUCUGAAGGCUCUAUUAAUAAUGGACAGUGCUCCUGCUCAUCCUCCAAGCUUGGAAAAUGACUUGCUGGAGGAAUUUAACUUUAUAACUGUGAAGUUCUUACCCCCUAACGCAACUCCUCUGCUCCAGCCCAUGGACCAGCAGAUCAUCUCAAACUUUAAAAAACUAUAUACCAAGGCCCUCUUCCAGAAGUGCUUUGAAGUGACUUCAGAUACUGAGUUGACACUGAGAGAGUUUUGGAAGGACCAUUUCAAUAUCCUCCACUGUGUCACUCUGAUAGAUAAGGCCUGGCAUACAGUUUCUUACAAGACCAUGAACUCUGCCUGGAGGAAAUUGUGGUCAGAAGCUGUAGCUCCGAGGGACUUUGAAGACAUUGGGGCUGACCUGAGCCCAGUAGUGGAAGACAUUGUGUCUCUGGGAAAGUCCAUGGGCCUGGAGGUCAGUGAUGAAGACAUUGAAGAGUUAGUGAAAGAGCACAGAGAAGAACUCAGCACUGAGGAGUUGCAGGAACUUCAAAGGGAGCAACAACAGAUAGUGGCUGAGAAACUUUCUUCAGAUGUCGGAAAAAUGGUAUUGGCAAAUUCAAAUGAUUCAGUUGGUUCUAAAACUAAAUCUCAGGCUUCAAGGGAAAAAAGGAAAUUUGAGGAUUUGGUGAUUGACCUAACAGAAGAAGCAACAUCAGUGGAAGUCCUGGAAUUGCCUGUGGCAACCAAAGAAAACUUGAAGGAAAAGAACUUAGUGGCACAAGAUUCAACCCAGGUAAUGGAAUCAUUUGAACACCUUCCUUCACUACCAGAGCUACCCCAAAAUCCUGUUCUCACAGGAUCCAGUGACACUCUUCCUCCCCAGAAGUUUGAGCUAAGGCUGAAACAAGUACUCAAGCCAAAAGGCAUAGCACUGACAUGGAACACGUCUCAUAUUAAUCCCAGGUGUGCCCCUGUGGAAAGCUAUCACCUCUAUGUAUGCCAUGACAAUACCCUUAACAAGAACAAAAUAACUUGGAAGAAGAUAGGAGAAAUUAAAGCUUUACCUCUCCCAAUGGCAUGUACUUUAUCUCAGUUCUUGUCUUCUGGUUCAUAUUAUUUUACUUUACAAGCAAAAGAUAUUUAUGGAAGAUAUGGACCUUUUUGUGAUAUCAAAUAUGUCCACAGAUUCUCUAAAGAUAAAGAACCAUAAGUCCUUCUUAUAUAAAACAUAUUUUGUUAAGAAGCUAGGCCCUUUCACAUCCAAGUUGUUUGUUCUUAGUCAUAGGUAUUCCAAUAACAGCCUAAAAGUCCACAUGGUAUUUAACUGGCCAGUUUUUAAUUGUGAACCCUCUGUUUCAGAAAUUUUCAUCAUCUCCAGUGCUUUGUAAAGGGUUCAGUCUAUGACUGAUAUUCAACAGUGCAUCUUGUAAAAGGGGAAAGUGAUAUGUGUGAGGUAUAUGUUAAAAAUAAUGCUUUUUUUUCUUGUUGAUAGUGUUUGGGGAUAUGUAAAUAUGUUAGAAUUGACUAGUUCAGAAAAACCUCUAAUCAUAUAGUUAAAAUAGAACUUUGUACAUGAUGCAUUUCAUUAAAGUUUUCUUAAAUUUCA